GCGGACUCACUUCCCGAGACACUCCCGGACUGAUAUCUGAUACCGAAUCCCCACGUUUUAUUUUGUAAAUGACGUAACUACCCAUGCGUCUCUGCAAAAGCCAGUUUUUAUGUUUUUGUGUUUUUUGUUUUCGGUUUUCUGCAAGGAAGGAGGGUUUAAACUUUAAAGCUCAAAACUUUGAAACGAAAACGGUGGUUUUUUUAUUUUGGUCUCUCUGACGGUUUCGUCUCUUUGAAAAAAAAAAAAAAAAAGGGAGAAAAUGGGUAAGAAGGCCAAAGCUGCAAAGAUUGGAAAGAAGGUUCAAAUGUCAAAGCUUGAAAACAAAACUCAAUCAUUGGAAAAAGUGGAAUCACAGCCUGGACACACAAAUCCUUCCCCGGAGAGAGUGGAAAAUCAACCUAAAAGUGUGAAUCCUUCAUUGGGAAGUGUGGAAUUGCAGCCUGAAACCAUAAGCCCUUCCUUGGUGAGAGCAAAUACACGGUCUAAACAGCAAGCAGAGUCUGUCAAACCAUCAAAUCCAAAGAAGAGAAUGAGACACUGCAUUGGUGUUAGGCGAUCAGAUCGUAUAAAAGGAACCGUUACGCCUGCUCAAAACCAUGACAUCGAGCCUAUGAUUGAAGAGAUAACCCUAAGCGAAAGUGAGAAAGAGGAUGAUGACCACCCUGCUCAGAGUGAGCAAAAUCUGCCUGAGUCAGCAACCUUGAGUGAAAAGAACAUGGAAGAAAAAAUUAACUAUAUUGUACAACGAUUGGAAGAACAAGAAACGGCCAUGGAAGCAUUGAAGUGCGAGGUAACCAAGAAGUCUUUCUUGAGUGGAGGUCCAUCUAGGGUAGAUAUCAGAUACAAGAACUUGUACAUCAAUUCCCAACAGAAGGUUGAGUCCUUAACAGAAGAAAAUAAACAACUUGCAAUGAAGCUGGAAACUGCUCUUUGCAAAGUUGAAGCUUAUCAGAAUGGCAAUCAUGUUUUCUCUGACAUGAUGGAGAAAUUGAAGGAUGUCAUCUUAAUCUCAAAUCUGACAAAAGCUACUGAAACGGCAGUUAAUUUUUCAUCUCAAGCAUUACGCAAUACUUCUUCACCAGAUGAUGUUCUUGGAUCCAACGGUUCUGCAGCAAAGAGAAAGAAAACCCCAGUCAUCCGAAAGUGAACUGAACUGAAACUUGCUGUAAAAUGUGGGUGGUUUUGCUAAUCUUUGGAGCCAAAUACUUGUGCUUGAAUUUAGGGCUGUCUUGUUUCAUCAUCACAUGUUUUAAGUAUUUUGGAUAAACUUGUCACAUAUUAUGUGUAGAUGGAUGGUACUAAUUUGUUUUCAGCUUCAA